AUGGCAGCUGUAGCGACGACCGGCCCAAAAGCUGCCUCGGUGCGCUCAGUAACGAGUGAGCCUCACACACCAGCGAGCCAAGACGACGUUGCCGCGCAAGUUGAUGCACUUCUGCUUGACAGCGUCCAGAGCAGCACGAGUGCCAAGAGCCAGCUCACUGACCCUAGCGACCAAGCAAGCACACCGACCGGCCCAGGCACGCUAUUCCAAGAACUCAGCAUACCACACGUUCAGCGUGCACAGAGCGAAAUCCAUGCGAAACUCGCGCUCAAUCGGCAAAACACACAUGCGCUCCUCGCCACCGCGUCGCACAGUGUGCCGGACGCCCAUGAUCAGAAUGCACAGGAAUUGCUGACGUCUCUUGCACAUCUGGAAAAACAUGCGAGUCGUGCCGAGGCUAGCGUCGGUGAAAUCACAGCCGAGAUCCGCUGGCUCGACAUGGCAAAACGCAACGUCGGCCUGUCGAUCGUCACGCUGCGCCGGUUGCAAAUGCUCGUCAGCAGCACAAUGCAUCUGGAGCAGCUGUGUGAGCUCAAACAAUAUCGCGAGGCAGCGUCCGCAUUGCAAGCUGUGCAAGCGCUUCUCUCGUACUUUGAGCAAUUCCGCGCUGUGCCGUGCAUUGUGCAGCUGCAGACGCAUAUCCAAGUGCUGCGCGACAAGCUGCAUCGCAUGGUCAUGGACGAGUAUGAGUCAGUGUUCCAGACUGCCAAGCACCGCUUGCCUGCCCGCGAGUCUGUGCUGCCAGACGCUGCGCUCGUCGUCGAUGCUCUGGGCCCCGACGUGUGUGAGAAGCUUAUUGAUUGGUACUGCACGCGCCAGCUCCGCGAGUAUCGCCGCGUGUUCCGUGCUGUCGAUGAGGCUGGUCAGCUCGACAAUGUGCCCCGUCGGUAUGCGUGGAUCCGCCGUCUGCUACGCAUCUAUGCGGACGAACAUGCACCGGCCUUUCUUCCACAGUGGAACGUCGACCACCGCUUGCUCACGCUCUUUGCCAACAUCACGCACGACGACAUGCGCAGCGUGCUCGUGCGCGAGCAGCCGCGGCUUCAGGUGGAUGUCCUUCUGCAUGCAUUGCACGUCACAAACGAGUUCGAGAGCCAAGUCGCUCGGCAGUACGGCAUCACGUUCUCCCAGUCGAGGCCCAUCUCAUCAGCCUUCUCGCCAUACCUCGGCAUCUACGUCGAUGCGCAGGACCGCAAGCUCGCUGACAUGCUGGCGCAGUUUGCUGCGUCUGCGACGACCGCAGCCGAGCCGAACAUAGGCGAUGAGCCUGUGCGUGUGCUGGUGUCGUCGACGGACCUCGUCACUUUCUAUCGCCAGACACUCGAGCGCUGCGCACAGCUGGGCCCUCGUGCACCGCUUCGUGAGCUUGCGAAUGUGUACAGCAAGUGGCUCAAGAAGUACGCUGCCGAUGUCUUGCUCCCGGCCCUGCACACCAAAGAUGCGUUGCAUCUGUGCACCGUGCUCAAUACGGCCGACUACUGUGCGACGACAUGCACCCAACUAGCUGAGCGGCUCACCGAGAAACAGCGUGCCCUCGACAAGGCGGCGCCCGCUGUGGUUCUCGAGUCGGAGCGCGACGUCUUUUUCGGCGUCAUCACCUCGGCGCUCCAAAGCCUCGUGCGUACUCUUCAUACGGCGCUUGAUCCUGCGUUCCAGGCGCUGCUGCGCCCGGAGAUUCCCUGGGCUCAGCGCGACCAAGUCGACGACAAAAGCGCCUGGGUCGACCUGCUUGCCAGCGGCCUCGAAAGCAUCGGGGUCAUCGUGCGUCAUCAUGUGGAAAACAAGCGCUACGUUCGCUCCUGGUGCGACAAGGCUGCUGCUCUCACCGUGACACGGAUCGUGCAGUCGAUCGUGAGGCUGCGUCCCAUUCGCCGUCGUAUGGCUGAGCAGCUCGAGCGCGACGUGCACCAUGUGCACACCCUCCUACUCGAAUGGCCGCACUUUGCCGCUGCCUCGUCUACAGGCUCCAGGGCCACGCCUCAACCACAGUCCCUGCAAACGGCCUACAGCCGCAUUGUUGACAAGGCCAUGGCUCGCAUUGAGCCUGUGCUCUCGAUGCUGAUAGCGCCCGACGACCCGCGUGCCUUCGUCGAGGCUUACCGCCAGCGCGUCGGCGACCAGUCGCUCGGCAACUUUCAAAAACUCUUGGAUCUCAAGGUACGUAUACAUGCAUUGGCUAGCCAGUCUGCCUGCGACAUGCUGGGCAUGUCUGUCUAUGUGAUGCGAUAUCGGCACGCCAGGCACCACUGUGCAGCUGUGCGACAAAGACCCCGCUCCGUACUAACACGCAUGUCCCAGGGCCUGCGCCGACUGGAUCAGAAUCCUCUUGUCGAGGAGUUUCUUGCCGCCAUCGACCGUGCUCCCGAUGCACUUCCCACCACAUCCGCGCUGUCGACGCUCCAGCUCGACCCAAAUGCGGACGUGUAUGCGAUGCCUGAGCUCGGCGACCGUACGAAAGACGAUCUGCCCGACGCAUCCCUCGUUCAUCGGCCCACAACGCCGUCGUCGUCGUCGAGCACGGCUGCUGCCGCUCUUUCGUUGCCUGAUUGGAAAAAGUUCGGUAGCAUGUUUGGCGUUGCUCUGGGCCAGCGCCGUCCCUAG